AUGGCGGAGUCUCAGCUCGUGUGCAUGGACGAUGAGCACGUGAACGAGAAGGUACCGGAGAGCCGACCGGAGUUCUACUACAGCGAGGAGCAGCGCGCGGCUCUGGAGCAGCUGCUGCGUAACGGAGACGGUGCGUUCAAGAUGCGGCUGCAGGAGGACAACACCAAGGACUUCCUGUGCGCCCGGGAGGUCAAGCUCAUCCGCAAGAGCUUCCAGGAGUACGACGCGGACAGCGACACCGAGGCCGGAGAGCAGGACAAGUCUAAGGGCUCCUCCAGCGCGGACUCCGGGGUCCACUCCACCUACUGGCCCCAGAUGUCCGACACCGCCGUCCCGUCUCUGGACAUCGGCUGGCCCGGCAGCAGCGGCGUCUACAAGGGGGUGACCCGGGUGUCCGUGUACACCCACCCGCCCAAAGAGCCUGGGCCGCACAUCAGGGAGGUGGUGAGGAAGCUCAUCCAGAAAUCUAUGAAGGCGGUGGCCAUUGUGAUGGACCUCCUGACAGACCUGCAGAUCCUCCAGGACCUGCUGGAUGCCACGUCCCGGCGCGGGGUGGCGGUCUACGCAGUGCUGGAGGCCAGGGGAGUGCCACACUUCCUGGAUAUGUGCUCUCGGCUGCAGAUUAAUGCAGUGCAUCUGCGGAAUCUCCGAGUGCGGAUGGUGCGAGGAGCAGGGCUGGCCCUGUCCUUUGGAAAACUGCCUGGCUCCCUGAGCUCCAAAUACAUGCUGGUGGAUGGAGAAAAAGUCUUGUUUGGCUCUUACAGUUUCACCUGGACUUCAUCUCGGAUAGACAGGAACACCGUCACUGUGAUGUCGGGGCAAAUCGUGGACUUCUUCGACAACGACUUCAGGGAGCUGUAUGCCGUGUCUGAACAGGUGGACCUCUACAGGGAGUUCAACAUCACCAAGCCACCUCUUCCUACACCCAUCAGGAAGCCAAAGGUUGAGCAUAUCCGGCCUCAGCCCGUCUCCACGUCUCGCUUUCAGGUAUCAGUCGGGGACUCAAGACAGAUCGAUCUGAAAGUACCGGCACAUAAAUACCACAAUCCCAAGUACUCCCUGGUUUUUGGGAACAGUACGGGCCUGACAGGUUCCUUACAGGACUUGUCCACUAAAAGGGACCUGCCGGUAGGUGGUCUAAACCAGAGCAAUGGCCUGCAGAACGGCCUCCUACGUAACAGCAAAGAAAAGGUGGACAGAGUCUGCCCCCAGAGUCCUGGUUCACCCACAGAGGAUGAGGAUGAGGACGGAAAGGGAGGCCUGAAGAAAAACCAGGCAGCCGGAGUAAAGAAACGCAGCUCCUUCAGGCACUUCCUGAAAGGCAGAGGCAAUCAGGGUACAGAGACUAUAGAGGAAGGCGUGGUCACUCCUCAGACUCCCUCCCCCACACAGAAAGUAUCGGAGACCAAUGGCGUUGCAGGAAAUGAGCUGGAGGACUCUUUUGAGAUCAUUGACAAACCAGGACCACUGAAAUCCAAAUUCAAGAAGCCAUCUAAGCUUAUUCAGAGGAGCAUGUCUCUGCAGACCAUCAACACAGGAGAUGAAGAUGGACUUAAAAGCCGCCGGCGGCAUCAGAAGAAGAACUGCAUCCAGUCAUGAGACAAAAACACGAGGAUGAAAAGGAUUGCAUGGUUAAACAGCUGCAACAGCUGAGACACAGUAUCAAAUAUCUGUAACCAGGUGACAUUAUAGGAAAUCAUCGCCGCUGCUUCAGUCUGCGCUGAAGGUCACCACUAAAGACAUGUUGUAGUUGAAGUUGUAGCCAAAGUCCUGAUGGAGAGAGAUUUCAUUGCCAUAAUUUUCUACGAUUUUUUUGUAUUAAAUUAUUCUGCAGUCAAGUGUUUCUAUAUUUUACACUAGUAUGCUUGAAUCUGAACACCACAGAGGAGCUGAGGGCCGCCCCAGGUGGCGUGGGCGGAUUACAUCACACCUGUUAGGUAUUCUGGUCACUACGGCGACAGGAAAAGUGAUCAGUUGUGGUGUAGUUUCCGAGUGUCGCCUUACCGAGAACCCUCGGUAACAGAGUAAGUGUUCAUCAGAAUGUGUUAUACAGGCUGUGAAUAAUGUAUGAGGACCUGUGUGCUUGCACUUUGACAUUUUGUUUUUUUUUAUCCAAGUGAAACUGGCACAAAUUAAAAUGUGAAUCCUUGAGAACCACUUGAUCUGAACUGUGUAGCAGAAAAUGCAAUAAAAAGAUAAAAACAGCUGUAAA